UUCAUUGGAUUUGUGAUGUGGGAACAUGCUCCAUCAAUCAUAUUUAUGGAUGAAAUAGACAGUAUUGGAUCUGCUCGAAUGGAAUCUGGUAGUGGCAAUGGUGACAGUGAAGUGCAGCGGACUAUGCUGGAGCUUCUCAACCAGCUGGAUGGAUUUGAAGCAUCAAAUAAAAUAAAGGUUUUGAUGGCUACCAAUCGGAUUGAUAUUCUGGAUCAAGCUCUCCUUAGGCCAGGGCGAAUUGACAGGAAGAUUGAAUUUCCUAAUCCUAAUGAGGAGUCUCGUUUGGAUAUUUUAAAAAUACAUUCAAGAAGAAUGAACCUGAUGCGUGGGAUUGAUCUGAAGAAAAUAGCCGAGAAGAUGAAUGGUGCAUCUGGUGCAGAGCUCAAGGAUGUGUGCACAGAAGCUGGGAUGUUUGCUCUGAGGGAGAGGAGGGUUCAUGUAACACAAGAAGAUUUUGAGAUGGCAGUGGCAAAGGUAAUGAAGAAGGAGACCGAGAAAAACAUGUCAUUGCGGAAGCUAUGGAAGUAGUGUUCCUAUAUGUUAAUGUUUUGUUUCACUCCACCACCCUUUGAGCCAUUGAUCCAUGGCUUUGUUCUUCACACACAGCCAAUAGUUCUGUUCUUUGUAUGGAUAUAAAAAACAGAGCGGGGGUGCCUACACUUUGUUGAAGUUUUUAAAAUACCAUUGGCAUCUCUGUUUAUUUUGUUAAAUAUUCUUUUGUGAUACAUUUUUAUGUAAUAUGUGUUUUACUUCAAGUAUCUGACAAGAAUGUCCCUAGACAAUGACUGUCAAUCUUUUAUUAAUCUAUUGGUUAGACGACCAGAAUGAUAAUUAAAAAUCUGUGCUUAGUGGACAAGCACAUGUGGCUUAGUUUUC